UAUCCGGCUUUGCUAGGGGAGGUGAGUCCGGCCGCGGCGGUACCGGCGGCUGAGGAGGAGGCGGCGGCUGAGGAGAAAGCGGCCGCGGCGGCUGAGGAGAAAGCGGCCGCAGGGACGGAAGCCGGGUGGGGGGGAGGGGGGGAGACGGAGCAGCCUUGAGCCCUGCGGGGGCCGUCGCGCGGGGGGACCCACCCGCUCUCCCCCCCAACCCUCCUCACAGAAGCUGCCGGCGGCGGGGGCAGGAGUCAGCUCGCUUCCGACCGUCCCCCGGCCGCCUCCCGGGGCUCCUAUUCUUUGGCCCCGGGACCCUGACCUCCUCCCGGGGCGGUUCCCUGUGUCUGGGCGUCCGAGUGCUGCCCACUGCUCUUGGAUUCCGCCCUGCAUCUCGUUGCCUUCACUUUUGCCCCGGUUCUCUUUCUCCUCUCCGUCCUGUCUGUCGCCUCCUCUCCUCACUCCGUCCCUCCAGCCUCCUCCCCUGGUUCUUUUCUGCCGAGGAAAGUUUGGUACCACCGCCCCCGCCCCCAUCGUGUCCAGCCGGCCAGGACUAGGGGGAGAUGUAGGAAGGGCCCGAGAGUUCGAGGUGGGGGAAGCUGUUUUCCCUGAACAUUACACCCCACCCCCCGAUCCGUCUAAUUUAGGGUGGUUGGAUUUUUUUUUUUAAAUACCAAUUGUGUUUUUUUGAGGAGGUGGUAGGUGUUUAGAAAAGGAUGUGGGAAUGGAAGGGGUAGAUGAGUCAACCCUCUUAGGAGAUUCCAGGGGUGCUGUGUUACCUGAUCCUUUCUGUGUGAGGAGUUCAGGAGGUUGGGAGGCUUGGCCUUUAUUCCCACAGUCAAAGUUGGAACCGCCCCCAAAUUAAGAAUGGAGUUUUAGUACCCACUUGUGGCAGGAAACCUGGGGGGAAGGGGUCCUUUUUUCCUUUUUCUCCCCCCCUUUUUUUCUUUCUUUUUUUUCUUUCUACUUUUUUUUGGGGGGGCAACCCACACCCUUCCACUCAACACUCACCUCCAAAAUUAAACACUCAAGAUCUCCUUCUAACUUAUUCGGAUUGACUGAUGAAGACAUAAAGCCAGUUCCGCUUUGUUUUCUGAGGUGGAGUGAGUGGGGUUUUUUUUUUUUUUUUUCCAUUUUUUUUUUAAUGGCCAAAUGACAGCUUGACCCAGUUUGCUUUCCAAUCAAAGGGCAUUUUUUUUAAUGUCUCUUUGUGGCGCAAGAGCUAACGCAAAAAUGAUGGCGGCUUACAAUGGCGGUACAUCUGCGGCAGCAGCAGGUCACCACCACCCCCAUCACCACCACCUACCACACCUUCCUCCUCCUCACCUGCACCAUCACCACCACCCUCAACACCAUCUUCAUCCGGGGUCGGCUGCUGCUGUCCACCCUGUACAGCAGCAUACCUCUUCGGCAGCUGCGGCAGCCGCUGCAGCGGCCGCAGCCGCCGCCAUGUUAAACCCUGGGCAACAACAGCCAUAUUUCCCAUCACCGGCACCGGGACAGGCUCCUGGACCAGCCGCAGCAGCCCCAGCUCAGGUGCAGGCUGCUGCCGCUGCCACCGUGAAGGCGCACCAUCAUCAGCACUCGCAUCACCCCCAGCAGCAGCUGGACAUUGAGCCCGAUAGACCCAUCGGAUAUGGAGCCUUUGGCGUUGUCUGGUCAGUAACAGAUCCAAGAGAUGGAAAGAGAGUAGCACUCAAAAAGAUGCCCAACGUCUUCCAGAAUCUGGUCUCUUGCAAAAGAGUCUUCCGGGAAUUGAAGAUGUUGUGUUUUUUUAAACAUGAUAAUGUACUCUCUGCCCUUGACAUACUCCAACCUCCACACAUUGACUAUUUUGAAGAAAUAUAUGUUGUCACAGAAUUGAUGCAGAGUGACCUACAUAAAAUUAUUGUGUCUCCUCAACCACUCAGCUCAGAUCAUGUCAAAGUUUUUCUUUAUCAGAUUUUGCGAGGUUUGAAAUAUCUCCAUUCAGCUGGCAUUUUACAUCGAGACAUUAAGCCAGGGAAUCUGCUUGUGAACAGCAACUGUGUUUUAAAGAUCUGUGAUUUUGGAUUGGCCAGAGUUGAAGAAUUGGAUGAAUCCCGUCAUAUGACUCAGGAAGUUGUUACUCAGUAUUACCGGGCUCCGGAAAUCCUGAUGGGCAGCCGUCAUUACAGCAAUGCUAUUGACAUCUGGUCUGUCGGAUGUAUCUUUGCAGAACUACUAGGACGAAGAAUAUUGUUCCAGGCACAGAGUCCCAUUCAGCAGUUGGAUUUGAUCACAGAUCUGUUGGGCACACCAUCACUGGAAGCAAUGAGGACGGCUUGUGAAGGCGCUAAGGCACACAUACUCAGGGGUCCUCAUAAGCAGCCAUCUCUUCCUGUACUCUAUACCCUGUCUAGCCAGGCUACACAUGAAGCUGUUCAUCUCCUUUGCAGGAUGUUGGUCUUUGAUCCAUCUAAAAGAAUAUCUGCUAAGGAUGCCUUAGCCCACCCCUACCUAGAUGAAGGGCGACUGCGAUAUCACACGUGUAUGUGUAAAUGUUGCUUUUCCACCUCUACCGGAAGAGUUUAUACCAGUGACUUUGAGCCCAUCACCAAUCCCAAAUUUGAUGACACUUUUGAGAAGAACCUCAGUUCUGUCAGACAGGUUAAAGAAAUUAUCCACCAGUUUAUUUUGGAACAGCAGAAAGGAAACAGAGUGCCUCUCUGCAUCAACCCUCAGUCUGCUGCUUUUAAGAGCUUUAUUAGUUCCACUGUUGCUCAGCCGUCUGAGAUGCCUCCAUCUCCACUGGUGUGGGAGUGACUGUGGAUGAUAAUGUACUACUGAAGAUGUGAUGUAGCUUUCCACUGGAGUCUGGGAUUUGCAAUUCUGGAGGUUAAUCAUGCUUGUACUGUAAUUUUACUAAUGAAGUUUUAAAUUAACAACCACUACUUGUAUGAUAUGAAUAAUAUUUAGAAAUGUUACUAGACUUUUAAAUCUUGUAAAGUGGUUGUGCUUUUAGAAGAGAAAUAUUUUACCAGAGUUGCACAUGUUUUAUGAAUUUAGUGCAGCUGUUAUGGCUCACCUCAGAACAAAAAAUUGAACCAAAUUUGGGAGUUUGGGGUUCUGUGUUUUUGUUUUGUUUUUCUUUUUUUUUUUUUCUUUCUUAUUUUUUUAAUGAAGUGAGAUUGUUCACACACACACACACACACACACGAACGACAGUCAUACAUGAUGAUAUCAUGAUGAUAUUUGAGCCAUUCCUAAAGAUUUGGGGUUUUCUAAAACUAAAAAAAUCUAGAAGCCUUGCCUGCGACCAAUCAUGGAGCCACAGGAGCUGACUGUGGCUGCACCUAGGGGGGAGGGUCGGGAGGAGGGGCAUGCCACCGAAUCAUCAAGCCCUAUAAUUAGCUUCUCGUUAGAGCUGUGAUGGUGAUGUGUGCUGUCUAAAAUCCAAUGUUGUGGGUAGAGAGAAUGAGUUUGUGACUAGGCAAGACUAAACUUUUUGUUUUCCUUACCCAGUAUAAAUAUAUAUAUAUAUAUUUAAUCUAUUUUUAUUAGAACUUUUUCUGCUCUUUCUUACAUAAAAAAAAAAUCCAAGCAUGCAUCUUUCAUGUGUGUAAAUAAUUCAUUUCUGGGCUAAUUUCAAAAGAAUCCCAACAUUGCUGUAUAGAGAGAGAACUAGCUUGCACAUUUUAGGUCUGUGAAAUUUUGUGAGACUUUUCCUGCACUGGACAGUGAAAAAUAAUAAAUAAAAGAC